UAGUGAAGUGUGUUUGAAUUGGGUUUGGUGAAUGAGAAUCGGAUUGAAGAAGAAGAAGACGACCAGCGGUGCAGCUUCGAAAUUGCUGGCCAUGGCGAAGAAGCUAAGCUCGAAGCCCACCAUUUUGUUCAUCUUCGUCUCUUUCAUGCUUUUUUGCGCCUUUCUUCCUGUUUUCGCUCCUCUUCCUUCUUUCUCCUCUCACCAUUCUCAUCGCAAUACAGUUAACAGAAAGUUCGAGAUCGCCAACGAUAGGUUCUGGAAAGAUGGUGAACCAUUUCAGAUCAUCGGUGGUGACGUGCAUUAUUUUCGAGUGCAUCCAGAGUACUGGGAAGAUAGACUGUUAAAAGCCAAGGCAUUGGGCUUGAACACAAUUCAGACAUAUGUUCCUUGGAAUCUGCAUGAGCCCGCACCGGGAAAGCUUGUUUUUGAGGGUUUUGCAAACAUUGAAGCAUUCCUCAACCUUUGUCACAAACAUGGUCUCCUUGUGAUGAUUCGACCCGGACCAUACAUAUGCGGAGAGUGGGAUUGGGGCGGUUUCCCAGGUUGGUUCUAUUCCAUGAACCCAACCCCCAAACCAAGAUCAUCUGAUCCUACUUAUCUUCAACUGGUUGAAAGAUGGUGGGGUAACCUGCUUCCAAAGUUUGUUCCUCUUCUAUAUGAAAAUGGAGGCCCUAUAAUAAUGGUUCAGAUUGAAAAUGAGUAUGGUUCUUAUGGAGAUGACAAAGAAUAUCUCCAUCACCUGAUCACCCUGGCAAGAGGUCAUCUUGGGCAUGAUGUUAUUUUAUACACUACAGAUGGAGGCACCAGGGAAACUCUUGAGAAAGGAACCAUUCGUGGGGAUACCAUCUUUUCAGCUGUUGACUUUGGUACUGGUGAAGAUCCUUGGCCUAUAUUCAAGUUACAAAAGGAGUUCAAUGCCCCAGGAAAAUCACCACCUUUGUCAGCUGAAUUUUACACCGGGUGGCUUACACACUGGGGAGAGAAAAAUGCUCAGACUGAUGCUGAUUUUACAGCAGCUGCUCUUGAAAAAAUUUUGCAAAAAAAUGGUUCUGCAGUUCUCUAUAUGGCCCAUGGUGGGACAAACUUUGGAUUUUAUAAUGGAGCAAAUACUGGUGUAGAUGAGGCUGACUACAAACCUGAUCUCACUUCAUACGAUUAUGAUGCACCAAUUAGGGAAUCUGGUGACGUUGACAAUUCAAAAUUCAAUGCUAUUCGAAGGGUUAUAGCCAGAUAUAGCUCAGUACCUCUUCCAUCUAUUCCCUCUAAUAAUGAAAAGGCAAGAUACGGACCAAUUCACUUACAAAGAGAGGCUUUCGUAUUUGACAUGUUUGAUUUCACCAAUUCCACCAAUGUGUUUAAAUCUGAAACCCCAAUGUCAAUGGAGUAUGUGGGCCAGUUGUUUGGUUUCGUAUUGUAUGUCACUGAAUACAAAGCAAAGAGAGGUGGAAGAAUUUUGUUCAUACCAAAGUUACAUGACAGAGCUCAAGUAUUUAUUUCAUGCCCCUCUGAAGAAAGUGGUGCAAGGCCAACUUACAUUGGAACUAUUGAAAGGUGGUUAAAUAACAAAGUAACUCUUCCGGAUAUUAAAUGCCAUUCUAAGAUCAACUUAUUUAUUCUGGUUGAAAACAUGGGUCGUGUAAAUUACGGGUCUUUCAUCUUUGAUAGGAAGGGCAUUCUGUCUUCUGUUUAUCUGGACAAGGAACAAGUAAAAGGGUGGAAAAUGUUCCCUAUUCCUUUGCACAACCUGAAUGAAAUGUCAACCUACAAUCCCAUCACGCAAGUUGCAUAUUCUGCAUUCAGUGGCAUAUCAUCAUUCAGAAAAAAGUUGAUUUAUAAGAAUGGGAAUACUUCAAAAGAACCUGCUUUUUAUUCGGGCCACUUCUUAAUUGAUAAAUCAAGUCAGGUCAAGGAUACAUUUAUAUCAUUCAACAAUUGGGGAAAAGGCAUUGUGUUUGUUAAUGACUUCAAUAUAGGAAGAUAUUGGCCGUUGAGAGGACCACAGUGCAACCUCUACGUUCCUGCUCCACUCCUUAAACAAGGAGAUAACUUUUUGGUAAUACUAGAGUUGGAAUCUCCAGACCCCGAACUUGUGGUGCACACAGUGGAUGAGCCAGACUUCACAUGUGGCUCUAGUGGGACGAGUCUCCAUCAGCUGUAAUAAAUUGUCAUAAAAAUAUGCUUGACCUUUGAAAAUACAUGUAAGAAUUUGGAGGUUAUCGAAUGACUAUCAAGUCAUUAUGCUUGUAAAUAUUAACUAUGGUUAUUAUUGCUCUUUAAUUUUUAGCUACAAUUCUGCACAAAAGAAAAACCUCACCAUUACAAUUUAAAUCUUUUUACAUUAAAGUAACUCA